AUGUCCUUUCUUAAUGACACCACCUCACAUCCUUCUGCCUUCCUUCUGCUGGGUGUACCUGGUCUGGAAGAUUUCCAUAUAUGGAUUGCUUUCCCUUUCUUUGUUGUUUAUCUGAUAGCCCUUGUAGGAAAUGUCACAAUCCUGUUUGUUAUCAAGACGGACCAGAGCCUUCAUCAACCCAUGUUCUACUUCCUGGCUCUUCUCUCCUUUAUUGAUCUAGGUCUGUCCACUUCUACCAUACCCAAAAUGCUGGCCAUCUUCUGGUUCAAUCGUAGGAAGGUAAGCUUUGAAGCCUGCCUCAUCCAAAUGUUCUUUAUCCACACCUACACUGGCAUGGAAUCUGGUGUACUCCUGGCCAUGGCAAUUGACCGCUUUGUCGCCAUCUGUUAUCCACUGAGGUAUACCACUAUCCUCACCAACAAAAUGGUAGUCAUCAUGGCCUCUGUUACAGUGGUGAGGCCAGUCCUCCUUGCCAUCCCCUUUUGUCCUCUUCUCAAAAGACUUCCUUUCUGUGGACACUACAUUAUUCCUCAUACCUAUUGUGAGCAUAUGGGAAUUGCUCGUCUAGCCUGUGCUAACAUAAGAGUCAACAUUAUCUAUGGCUUAUUUACCAUUGCUACCCUGAUCUUUGACUUGCUCCUCAUUGCCCUCUCCUAUGUUCAGAUUCUACAAACUGUUUUCCACCUUCCUUCUAGAGAUGCCAGACUCAAAGCACUCAGCACAUGUGGUUCACAUGUCUGUGUCAUCUUAGCCUUUUACACACCAGCAUUUUUCUCCUUUAUGACACACCGGUUUGGUAGAAAUAUUCCUCAUUACAUUCAUAUCCUCCUGGCCAAUUUGUAUGUAGUUGUUCCUCCUUGUUUAAAUCCAGUCAUUUAUGGGGUCAGGACGAAGCAAAUUUGGAACAGAGUUGUGAGAAUAUUUGUCAAGAAAGAGGGACCUAAUAUAUUAGAAAGUUGA